AUGGGGAAGUUAUCAAUCAAAUUGCACGAUAAGUGCAAGAACCGCAAGGAAUCAUCAUCAUGGCCAUUAACAAAGUGUUUUCAGCAUGGUAGUGGAAGAGAUGAUGCAAUUGGAAUUACACAAGAAUGGGGUAUUGACUUUUCUAAUCUCUUCAUUGGGCACAAGUUUUCUCAAGGUGCUCAUAGUCAAAUUUACCAUGGUAUAUACAAAAAGGAACAUGCUGCUGUUAAAUUCGUCAAGGUUCGAUAUAAUGAUCAAAAGGGAAUCCCAAAAUCCCUUUUAGAGGCUCAAUUUUUAAGAGAAGUCACACAUCUACCUCGUCUCCACCAUCAAAAUGUUGUGAAGUUCAUAGGCGCACACAAAGACACUGAUUUUUAUUGCAUUCUCACGGAGUAUCAGCAAAAGGGAUCUUUAAGGGUGUAUUUGAACAACUUAGAGUCCAAGCCAAUUUCUCUGAAGAGGGUGAUAGAUUUUGCUUUGGAUAUUGCUCGUGGAAUGGAGUAUAUACAUGCACAAGGGAUCAUUCAUAGAGACCUUAAACCGGAGAAUGUACUUGUUGAUGGGGAAAUUCGCCUCAAAAUUGCUGAUUUUGGCAUUGCUUGUGAGGCUUCGAAGUGUGACUCCUUGAGGGGUACGUACCGUUGGAUGGCGCCAGAGAUGAUCAAAGGCAAACGCUAUGGGAGAAAGGUUGAUGUGUACAGUUUUGGGCUUAUCUUGUGGGAGUUGGUGAGUGGAACAGUACCAUUUGAGGGCUUGAGUCCAAUCCAGGUUGCUGUUGCUGUUGCAGAUAGGAAUUCAAGGCCAAUUAUUCCUUCACAUUGCCCACAUGUUUUGAGUGGUUUGAUAAAGCAGUGUUGGGAAUUGAAACCAGAGAAGAGGCCUGAGUUCUGCCAGAUUGUUCGAGUUUUGGAGCAAUUAGAUCAAGGCUGCAGCUUCUUGCCCCCCAAGAAACUCAAGCAACACCCUCUUUCAUUACGAAAAUGGUAAUCAAGAGUGUAGUUUUACAUUCUGAAUUACCCUUUCGGUAAUGAAAGGGGGUCGUUGACAUUGAAGGAACCCAAAACAUGGUGCAAAGGUGUAGUAGCCGGGAUCAUUAUCAUCUUUAGAAUGAGUUUCCUCUUUGUAUUCAUAAAAUUGGUCAUGUGCAUUAAGUAGUGGCCUGAUUUUUAUA